AUGUUCAGAAGUAUAUGCUUUACUGAACAAUGGGAAAGUUAUUGCAAUUGGCUACACAAAAUCAAAAUAAAUAAAAUUGUUUUGAUAAUAUGUGUUGUUCUAAUUGUAGUUCCUUUAGUUACUCAUUUGUAUCUAUCUGAGGUUGACACCUUGUCACCUGAAACUGACAUUUACAGAACUCGUGCAAAACUAGAAGCCCUGGAUGAUUUUCCAGUAUUUCAAGCAAGCGAUUUAAAAUCUAGAAUUGAAGAAAUGCUGAGGAUAAAAGGAUCUGUUGGUAUGGAAUUAAGAGAUAUAGAAGCCAAAAGGCAAAAAUUACAAUUGGAAAUAGCAUCGUUGAAUCAAAAAAACGAAGAGGUUAAAAAUGAAAUUUUACAUCAACAAAUGGAAUUGGAAAGGUUAAAAAUAUCCGUUCAGCAGGCGGAAGUUGCACAGAGAGAAGCUAUACAACGAAACACGCCAGAACUUGCUCUACCUCUUACACUUUACUCGAAUGAAAUACCUAAAACAGUUGAUUAUAAAUUGAAAGAAGGUUUAGAGUUUUGUCAGAUGCAUAAUUGUUGGGAUUAUUCUCGUUGUUCAAUCACUUCCGGAUUUCCUGUUUAUUUUUAUGAGGAAAUUGAUUGGAAAGUUGAAACAUUCAUAUCGACAACAAUAAAACAAGUUUUAAGUUAUAAUCCACACAUAGUGAAAAAUCCAACAAUUGCAUGUGCUUAUUUGGUUUUAUUGGGUGAAUCGAAAGAAAAUCACACGACUCAAACAUUAUCGGAUUAUUUAAAAAGUAUUUGUUUUUCAUUCACAGAAUGGAUAUUUUUAAAAGAUGGUUUGAAAUAUUGGGGAGGAGAUGGAAGAAAUCACAUUCUAUUACAUUUGUCGAGGAGAGAUCUUUCAACGACACAAGAUAGAUUUUCAGGUGUGAAUACAGGGAGAGCAAUCAUUGUACAAUCAACGUUUGAAAGAUUAAGGUUUAGACAAGGUUUUGAUCUAGUCAUACCUCCGAUAUUAGGUCCUCCGGGUGGUGACAUGUGGCAAGACUGUUCAAAUAUGUUACCUGCAAGAAGAAAAUAUUUAAUGUCAUUCCAAGGUCAAACCGAAAUCGGUGGAAAAUAUUUCGAGGAAAACGUAAUCGAAAGACUAAAAAAAUUUAUCAAUUCAACAAACGAUUUACUUUAUUUUCAUUUCACGUGUGAUCCUCCCAUCGUGAGCUUACAAUCAAAACAUCCGGAUUUACAAGAAUGGCUUUUGUGCGGUACGGAAACGACGAGAGGAACGAUAUUGAAAAAUUCAACGUUUGUUUUAAUAAUGGCUCCGCCGACGGAUAUCAUAUCAUCCACGAUAUUACAAGCGAGAAUUUACGAAGCUUUAAGAUCCGGUUCCGUACCUGUCAUUUUAGGAGGAGAUCAGGUGAAAUUGAGUUUCGACGAAGUCCUAGUAUGGAAAAAAAUAAUUUUAAUGAUACCCAAAUCGAGAAUAUCCGAAUUACAUUUUAUAUUACGAAGCAUUCCCGACAGCGAAAUACUGUUGAUGAGACGUCAGGGUCGAAUCGUUUGGGAAACUUAUUUAUCGAGUUUUCAAUGCGUCAUCGAUACGAUCGUUGCUGCCGUUAGAGACAGGCUUGGUAUACCACCUUUGGCCGUACACGAUGAACCCGCCCCAAGCGUUUUCAACAGCACUUUUAUUCCCAUAAGAACGGAUGCUGUUGCUCCCGAAACGGAACCGGAAGAAAAUUUAGGACCCUUAGAACCGCCUUAUCCAUCUCCCGCCUUUAAAAGAAAUUAUACGUUUUUUCUAACUCAGGGUUACGAAAUUUGGAACGUUUGGGCAAAUCCUUUUUGGCUUUAUCCGCAACUUCCGUUCGAUCCCGUUUUACCGUCGGAUGCGAAAUUUAUCGGUUCGCCGACGGGAUUCAGACCCAUAGGAAAAGGUGCCGGAGGUGCGGGAAAAGAAUAUUCGGAAAAUCUCGGUGGAAAUCAUCCCAGGGAACAAUUUACAAUCGUCAUGUUGACAUACGAACGAGAACAAGUUCUCAUAAACUCUCUUAGUAGACUCUACGGUUUGCCGUAUUUGAAUAAAAUAAUCGUCGUUUGGAAUUCUCCCAAACCGCCGUUGGAAGAUUUACAAUGGCCCGACAUUGGAGUUCCAAUACACGUCGUGAAAACGUCUAGAAACAGUUUAAAUAAUAGAUUUUUACCAUACGAUGCGAUAGAAACGGAAGGAGUCCUUUCCGUCGACGACGAUGCUCACUUGCGCCACGACGAAAUCAUUUUCGGUUUUAGAAUUUGGCGCGAAAAAAGGGAUAGAAUCGUUGGAUUUCCCGGAAGGUUUCACGCGUGGGACCUCAAUCACGAUGGAUGGUUGUACAAUUCGAAUUAUUCGUGCGAAUUAUCGAUGGUUUUAACGGGAGCUGCUUUUUUUCACAAAUAUUACACGUAUUUGUAUUCAUAUUGGUUACCACAAGCAAUAAGGGAUAAAGUCGAUCAGUACAUGAAUUGCGAAGACAUUGCAAUGAAUUUUCUAGUAACGUCGAGAUGGACUUUUCGAUGUCCCGGAUGUUCCGUUUCUCUAUCCGAAGACGAUACUCAUUUUCAAGAAAGACAUAAAUGCAUUCAAUUUUUUUCACAGGUAUUCGGAUACACUCCAUUACUCAACACACAAUUUCGUGCGGAUUCGAUACUUUUCAAAACGAGAAUACCACACGAUAAACAAAAAUGUUUUAAAUUUAUUUGA